UUCAGAGGGUCAGUCAGUCGUCACACGGAAGCUUUUGAAAUUGAUGUCCAUUGUAAAAAUUAGAUGCCAAGCCAACCAAAAAUCGUGAUCUUUAAGCCGGAGUAACCCCAAGGGCGCCGAAGGCUUGCCAAAUUCCACUUAACCACACCCCCCCAGUCCCACUUCGAGCGAGCGAGCAAAAAGCGUAAGGAUUCGCCGUCGUCGUCGUCGUCUUCGUCACACAAUAUGUCUCAAUCACAUCGUGACCGAAGUGGUUCCGGGCCGCUGCCAAAUCGUUGGCUAUAUUGCCCCAGGAAGAGUGAGUCGAUCAUUGCCGAGCGCUUUCUGGCCUUCAAGACGCCACUGAGUCAGGCGUUCAAGGACAAAAUGCCCAUCGAGUGCACCUUUCGACCCGAGAUGCUCUUCGACUACUGCAAGACAGUGAAGCACAAGCUAGGCCUGUGGGUGGACCUGACCAACACGAAACGCUUCUAUGACCGCUCGACGGUGGAGGAGCGCGGUGCCCAAUAUAUUAAGCUGCAGUGUCGCGGCCAUGGCGAGACACCAUCGCACGAGCAGACGCGCAGCUUCAUUGAAAUUGUCGACAACUUCAUUACGGAGCGUCCCUUCGAUGUGAUUGCCGUCCAUUGUACGCAUGGCUUUAAUCGCACCGGCUUCCUGAUUGUCUCCUAUAUGGUCGAGCGUCUCGAUUGCUCCUUGGAGGCAGCCCUAUCCGUCUUUGCCAGCGCCCGGCCGCCGGGCAUCUACAAGCAGGACUAUAUCGAUGAGCUAUACAAGCGCUUUGAGCUGGGCGAGGAUGCCCCCCAGGCGCCCGAGCAGCCCAACUGGUGUCUGGAGUACGACGACAGCAAUGGCGAUGAUGACAUCUUGCAGAGCAGAAAGCGCCCCAACGAUGACACCACCUCGUCGUCCACAUCGCAACAGGCAGCAGCUGCGGAUGGCGAAGACGAUGCCGAUGACGUGGAUGGGGAGGAGGGCGAAGGCGGCGAGGCCAAUGGUUCGAAAAAGAAGCGACGACGCGAGAUGGUCGUCAGGAAUGCCGCAUUCAUGGAUGGCGUACCGGGCGUACGACAAGUCUGCGAUCAGCCGCGUUUGGGCGAUCUGCAGUCGAGGGUGCAGAACUGGUGCCACUGGAACAAGAACGGCUUCCCCGGCUCCCAGCCGGUGUCCAUGGACAGGCAAAAUAUUAAGCGACUGAGCGAGAUACCCUAUCGCGUGUCCUGGAAGGCCGAUGGCACACGCUACAUGAUGCUCAUCGAUGGCCAGGACGAGGUGUACUUCUUUGACCGCAAUCACUCCUGUUUCCAGGUGGAGAAUGUCACAUUUCUCGAUGGAAAGAAUCUAAACGAUCAUCUCGAUGGCACACUGGUGGAUGGUGAAAUGGUGCUGGACAAGAUCGCCGAAGGUGUAAUGCCUCGUUACCUCAUCUAUGACAUUGUACGCCUCGCCAAUCGGGAUGUACGCGAGGAGCCAUUCUUUCCCAAUCGAUUGGACUACAUCAAAAAUGAUGUGAUAGGUCCCCGCAUUGAGGGCAUGAAGCAGGGCAUUAUUGUGCAAAAACUACAGGCAUUCAGUGUGCGUCGCAAGGAUUUCUGGGAAAUUUGGAUGUCUGCCCGACUGUUGGGCGAAAAGUUCUCCCGCUCAUUGGCCCAUGAGCCCGAUGGCCUGAUAUUUCAACCCUCCCAUCAGCCCUACACAGCCGGCGUUUGUCCGAAUGUCUUCAAAUGGAAGCCCCAUGAGCUCAACUCUGUGGAUUUUCGCCUUAAGAUCAUCACAGAACGUGGCGAAGGUUUGCUAACCAAAAAGGUUGGCUUCCUUUAUGUGGGCGGACACGAUGCACCGUUUGGUCGCAUGCAAAAAUUGACUAAGGAAAUUCGUGAUGUGGACAACAAGAUUGUGGAGUGCACCAUGAAUCAGUUUGGCAACUGGGAGUUUAUGCGAGAGCGAACAGACAAGAAGCAUCCGAAUAGCUUCAAUACAGCACGCGCCGUUGUGGAAAGCAUAAAGCAUCCGGUUACCAAGGAUUAUCUGCUUAAUUAUAUUGCCAAUUGUGGGUUUCGCGAUGAUCAUACCAUGAUGCCGCCACCUAAUAAUGCCCAUCAUUCCCAUGGGCAGCAGCAUGGCCAUCAUCAGGGGAAUGCAUCACAUGGACAGCAUCGGUCCAUUUGAAUGCCCUGCCCUGCCCUG